GCUAUACUAGCAAGUAUGAGCCGGGCCGCGCUCUCCUCCUCAGCGCUGUACAGUAGAUCUCCUCGCGGUGGCGCUGUUCUCCACACAACGACGACCCUGUUUCCACCCUCGCUGCUGUCACACGCACUGCGUGUAGUAACCCGAAACUGGCACGCGGUGUCGCUGCGUCGGCUGCAGUACCUCUGGCUUCCAGCGGAGGCCGCUGCUCCCCGGUGUUUCACGGCAGUGGCGGCUGCAAUGGGUGAGACGGAGACCGGGGAAGUGGCGGUGGAGAGACCGGAGCCGGUCCCCGGAUUCCCAGCGGAAGAGCCAGUGCUGUGGAGCCCAGAGGUGGAAGUGUGCCUGUUUCACGCCAUGCUCGGCCAUAAGCCCGUCGGAGUGAACAGACACUUCCACAUGAUCUGCAUUCGGGACAAGUUCAGUCAGAACAUUGGUCGACAGAUAUCAUCAAAGGUCAUCUGGGAGCAUCUUCGCACCAUGUAUGACAUGCAGGCUUUGCAUGAGUCGGAGAUUCUCCCUUUCCCAAACUCUGAGAAGAACUUUAUCCUCCCUGAGGAGAUCAUCCAGGAGGUGAAGGAAGGUAAAGUGACCACAGAGGAGGAGAUUAAGGAUGAGAUCAAGGAGGAGGUUGAUCCACACCCUGUAUCUGAUGAAGCUUUUACAAACUCAUCUGUGACCUCAGUAAAGAGUCUGGACAAACCGAGUGGGAAAGAGAAGGAGAGAACACUGUCAGAGUCUGGCUCUAAGGAGUCUGGUGACAAGAGGAAACGGAGCCGCCUCACUGAGAAAGUUGUUAAUGCUAAUAACAGCAAUCCGUCUAGUCCUAAUGCAAGCAAGAGGAGACGCACGUAGGGAGGACACCAGCCUGGAGGGCUGCUUAACAUGACACCAGAGCACACCCUUGCAAGAAACUCAUAUGUUGCCAUUGUAAUAUUGAUGAUCACAAGGCCUCAGUUUUGAUAUUUCAGAUUUAAGACUAAGAUAUGAGCCUUUGUGAGUGUGUCACAUGGUGCUCCGUGGUGGCUAUUCUCAUGUGCUCUCUGGUCUGGGCACAGGAUGAGUCUUGUUAUAUACACGUGUGUCUGGGCUAUUUUACUCCCAUUCUUUCAUAGAUGUAGACAAGUUGUUUUCAUUCAACCCUUGAAUUGAAAUAGCAGCUGUAUAAUGUUAGGCAACUUACUGUAGCUACCGUUGAACUACAACUGCGAGCAAUCCCUCCUACUCAGACCACUGAGAGGAAUAGAAGUAUGGUGGAAGUUGUGGUUCAAGAACCCUUUUAUAGCCACCAUCUUAACCCUGUUGUAGAUACCUUUGUACUGUAGGUGGCACCUGUGGUCUUGCACCUUGAAUUUUAUAGGAAUUUUGUACUAUGCCUAUAUUCUUGGAGGCUUCUAGUCAUCCUGAUAAUAGUUAGUGGAGCUUUCCUGGAUUUCCGGAAUUGUAAACUGGUUGCAGAGACUGAAACCCAGUAGCUGACUGCAGCUCUAUUUAAGAUCUGUAGAUUUUUAUGUUACAUACCGCACAUCAUUUGUUAAUCCCAUUAUUUAAGAAAAUUUUUAAGGAUGUUUUAGAGAUGUUUUGUAUAUAAACAGUUCAACUGUC